AUGAAAAAGCUUCAACACCUGAGCGCAAAUCGCCUCAACAACACAAAAAACGCGGAGAUCGAUGUGCUGUUUUUUAAUCGCGCCGCCAAGGUCGGAAGUGAAUCCAUGCUGGAGCUCUUUAUGGCGCUGGAAAAGUACAACGACGAGCUAGUACUGGAAAAACAUGGUCUCCACACCAAAUCCGUUCGACAAAUGGACAAAAAGCAAAGACGUGAGUCCGCCGAAUUCGUUGCCGAUCUGGAGGAGGGCACCAUGUACAUUGAGCACAUCAAUUGGCUUGACUUCGAUGAAUUCGACCUGCCCAAACCCAUUUACAUGAAUUUGGUGCGCGACCCGGUGGAGAGGGUCAUAAGUUGGUUCUUCUACGCUCGGAGUUCCUACAAGAAUGCCAUCGAGUACCGAAAGAGGCCCAAUCAAAAAAUAAAGCCCGAGUCCUGGUAUAAGAAGAACUUCAAUGAUUGUGUACGGAGUGGAGACCCCGAGUGCCAGUAUGUGCCCCACACGGUCAAGGACACGAUUGCCAAUUUCAAGAGGCAAUCCUUAUUUUACUGCGGUCAUCACGAUGAUUGCCUACCCUUUAACUCACCAACUGCCGUGCAAAUGGCGAAGGAGCACGUGGAAAGAGAUUAUGCUGUUGUGGGCAGCUGGGAGGACACGAAUAUAACCCUGACCGUUCUCGAGAACUAUAUUCCUCGCUUCUUUCGCGGUGCGAAGCUCAUGUAUGAAAUGCAUAAUAACAAGAUCACCAAUCGCAACAAGAAUAAACGCAAGCCGUUUAUAGAGCCCGAGGUCAAGGAUAUGAUUCGCAAGAACUUUACUAACGAGUACGAGUUUUACUACUUCUGCAAGCAGCGUUUGUACAAACAGUAUUUGGCACUCAAUCUGAAGGAGUUGGAGUUAGGUAGCCUAACACCUAGCCAACUGAACAAUACAGCCAAGGCCGAAAUGGAUCGCCUGUUUUUCACGAGAUGCGCGAAAGUGGGCAGCGAGUCGCUCGCGGAGUUUAUGGAGCAUCUGCAGGAUAUUAACAACUUCCAAGUGGAUAAGUAUGGAAUGAACAAGAAAUCGAAAAGGCAACUGAAACCACUGGCUCAGGCUGCGACUGCUGGUUAUAUCUAUAACUUGGACGACGGAUCCGUCUACAUAGAGCACAUCCCGUGGAUCGAUUUCAACGACUACAAUCUACCCAAGCCCAUCUUUAUCAACCUGGUUCGAGAUCCAGUGGAGCGCAUGAUAAGCUGGUACUACUACGUCAGGAACUCCUACAGGAAUGCCAUUUUCUACCGCCACAAUCCCCUGGCUCCUCUUAAGCCCACGGCCUGGUUCAAGAAGAGCUAUAACGACUGCGUGAGGAGUGGUGACCCCGAAUGCCAGUAUGUUCCACUGGCAGUUCGCGAUGUGGAGGGAAACUUCAAGAGACAGUCAAUAUUCUUCUGCGGUCACGAUCAGGACUGUUUACCCUUCAAUUCUCCCCUGGCUGUUCAGAUAGCUAAGCGUAGGGUCGAAACGGAAUACGCAGUGGUGGGAACUUGGGAAGAGACCAACAUAACUCUAACUGUUUUGGAGCACUAUAUACCGCGUUAUUUCGCUAGAGCUAAAAUGAUCUUUCACAUGUAUCAAAAGUCCCUACAGAAUCGCAAUCGCAACAACAGAAAGCCGCACGUGGAUGCAGAUGUCAGGGCCAUGGUCAGGCGGAAUUUCACCCAUGAAUACGACUUUUACUACUUCUGCAAACAGCGUCUUUAUAUGCAGUACAUAGCCCUUAAACGAACGGAAUUGGAACGGAUGAAUUUCCCCUAA